AUGGCGACGGUCGAGCGCCCUUGGCCGUUGCUUGAGAACACUCAAAUCCCGACGGGCAAAUUGUCCUGGAAUUCAAGUGACUCUGGGAGGCAAGCCUGGCCGUUACCGACAAACUUAUUCGAUGAGUCUGGUUACAAUACGUUCGUCCUCAAAUUGGAAUCACCAGUUUGCGAGGAUGAUCUGGACGAUCGGAUCGCCAUGGAGGCACAGAAUCUCGGCCUGUCGCCCUUUCCAAUUACUUCCGACAUCCAAGGUCUCACAUCCUCCAUCUCUACGGCCACAAUCGCUUCCGAUUCCAUGAACCAUAGUCCCAACCGAUCCCAGUCAACUGCAGCAACGUCUUGUGCAUCCAGCGAACACCGCCCUGCAAGGCAAGCCUCACAAGUGCCAGAGCGGUCGUCCACUAGCUCAGAGUCGCCCUCCUCUCCCGCCGAUGCCGAGAGGAAAAGGAGAUCACCCCUUAGACGAAGCCUUCAAAAGAUGACAGGAUUUCGAAAGAAAAGGUCCACUGCGCUGACUUCUUCCACCCUGACGAACAUGAGCAGCGACGUCGACACCGAGGACACUGAAGACACAUCGGUUGAAAUCAAGAGCCCGUCAUCGAUGAAGUCAAGUAAGAGCUCCUGGUCACAGCCUUUGCCUUCCUCGAAGUUCAGCUAUGAGCAAGGAAUAUCACUUGACCCGGGUGCGUUCAAACGUAGCGCUGAGUGCAAGGAAAUGCUGGAUCUGAGGCUCGCACAACUUGAUGAAAAGGCCCGAUUUUUGGAAUUCCAGGCUUCGUUGAUCGCGGAGCUCAGCGCCCGGCGACAGAAGUUGAAGGCAGAUAAGAGGCAAGAGCAUGAGCAAGUACUUGCGGAACAGGGCGCGAGAACUGACAAGGCUGUUGAGGAUCUUGAGGCACGCCAACUCGAAGAGGAGAUGAAGAUGGAAAAGGAGCACGAGAUCGAGAAGCGGACAGUGAUGGUGCGCCUACGACACAUGGAGGCGUACUGUCAAAAUCCAACGCCUCCUCCCACUCCCGUGGACCCGGCUUCUGGUCGUCCAUCGACCGACUCCACUCUGCCGGAGCGCAAAGUUACGGAGAAGGACUACCAUAACCUCGCUCAACAGUACCGUGAGCGGGACGCCAUGGACACACUGCACACGGCGAAGAUCAAUGUGCUGCGAGGGAAACAAAAGAAAGCCGUCGAGAGAUUAAUUGCCAAAAAGGAGCGGGAGACUCAAGAGUUGGAAAAGAAACAGGAGGACGAGCUGGCAGACAUUGAUCGAGACUUUGCCAGCCAGGAAGCGAACCUGAGACUCACUCUGGUGGCGAAGCGCGCGAGAAUCGAGGCCAGAUGGCGAACCCAGGCCUUGAUUGUCCGGAUCAAGAUGGAGAAAGCUACGGGGUUGAAGUACGCCCCGUUGCCAGAUGUUUUCGCCAUUGGCGAUUCUCACGCUCCCGGAAUCGCAUUUUGA